GUCCCCGUGUCCCCGCGUCCCCGUGUCCGGUCUCACCCACAAAAUGGCGGACGUGACGGAGCUGCGGCCCUCGUACGGCAUGUCUCCGGUCCUGGCUGGGUUCCUGGGGGCCGGUCUCUUGGUUCUGGUGGUUCUAGUUCUGGUUCUGCUCUGGUCCUUCUGUCAGCGUCGCUACGGCUCGUCCCGGUACAAACUCCACGCCGACCGGUACUGUGACGCCGAGGACCCCCCGUACAGGUUCAUCCACAUGUUGAAGGGCAUCAGUAUUUACCCCGAGUCUCUGAGCGGCAGUAAACGCGUCAGUGUUUUCCCCGAGUCUGGAGGAGGCAGUAAACGCAUCGUGAGGAGCGUCAGGAGAGAAACAGAACGACGAGGACGAACGCACAACGACAACGACCGAAGUCUGCUGGACGGUCUGGUUGACGGACAGCUGCAGAUGGGUCACCUGGCCCCGCCCACCAACCCCUCAGGCUCCGCCCCCCGCCCCUCCUUUCCGGUCCGGGCCGAGUACCAGUCCGAGUCCAGUCCCGAGUCCGGUUCCGAUCCCAGUUCCGAGCCCGGUUCCGAGCCGGGCGGCGAGCGGGAGGCGGGGCUUGAGCGGGAGGCGGGGCCUGAGCGGGAGGCGGAGCCUGAGCGUUCCCUGGGCUCCCUGAGUCUCACCGUGGAUUAUAACUUCCCGAAGAAGGCGCUGGUGGUGACGGUGGUGGGGGCGCGGGGGCUGCCCGCCGUCAGCCAGGGCAGCUCCGACCCGUACGUCAAACUCACCAUCCUCCCGGAGAAGAAGCACCGCGUGAAGACGCGCGUCCUGCGCCGCACGCUGCACCCGCUCUUCGACGAGACGUUCAGUUUCUACGGCGUGAGCUACAGCGCCCUGCCCGACCUCACGCUGCACUUCCUGGUGCUCAGCUUCGACCGCUUCGCCCGCGACGACGUCAUCGGAGAAGCUCUGGUCCCGCUGAGGGGCGUCGACCCCAGCACCGGCAGGGUGCACCUGACGCAGGACAUCACCCGCCGCAGCACGCAGGCGGCGGGUUGUGGUGAGCUCCUCAUGUCGUUGUGUUAUCAGCCCGUGUCUCAUCGUCUCAGCGUCGUCGUCCUGAAGGCCAGAAACCUGCCCAAGAUGGACUCCAGCCUGUCUGCCAACCCGUACGUGAAGGUGAACGUUUUCUACGGGCGCAAACGCAUCGCCAAGAAGAAGACUCACGUGAAGAAGAGCACGCUGAACCCGGUCUUCAACGAGUCCUUCAUCUACGACAUCCCCCCGGACCUGCUGCCCCAGAUCAGCCUCGAGCUCCUGGUCCUGGACUUCGACCGGACCACCAAGAACCAGGUCCUGGGUCGGCUCCAGCUGGGCCUGUGCAGCCCGUCCUCCACCGGGGCGGCGCACUGGAGCCAGGUGUGCCACAGCCCGCGCCGCCAGAUCUCCAAGUGGCACAGCCUGGCGCCGGUGUGAGGCGGCGCCAGGCUCCCGGCGGCGCCACAGACCCUCAAAAAGUCUCCACGCACAAGUCCAGAACCACCGGAGCAGAAGGUUCAAAAUAAAACUCCUGAAUCACACAAACCUGCUCUGAAAACUACUGUUCCACCUCGUGAUGUCAUCGUGUGGUGAUACAGGAAGUGCUCCACUGUGUUUUUAAACUCCGCACACCUUCACUAGAAUCAUCUGGAACGUUUCAGUCCUGUUCACUUGAUGACAUCACGAGGUGGAUCAGGACAGGAGAGAAUUUGUUCCAUCAGAUUUAGAAUUUGAAAUCCCGCAGAAUUUUUUUUAACUCUGAAGAAACAUGGUGGAAUAAUUUUUAUUCUCAAUUUUAUUCUGAAAUUCUAAUUAUAUUUUUCUUC